UCAGACUCCUUCAAGUGACUGUGAUUCCAUGUGAUGUCAGUUAAAUGCUACAGAGAGUGAUCUCACAGUGAAGAUGCUGGCUAUCAAAAUGACAGAGGCUCCACAGAGCACCCCUCAAAGCUCAUCAUCUGCUCUCUAGAAAGGCUUUUCUGGAAUGCAGACUAGAACAGAGUGAAGAUUUGGCUGCACCUUCUCUCUCUCACUCUCUCUCUCUCUCGGUGCCACAAGCAUGGCUAACUGUGGCUCAUUCGAGACACUUAAAGCUCCCUGCCAAAGACUGGACACAAGAAAUGGGGUCUCCAGCACCCCCAAGACCCUGGCUUUCUCCAUUGAAAGAAUUAUGGCAAAGAAUUCAGAUCCUAAACCUACCUUUCUUGAGUCAAGCCAUCCUUUAGAAACAGAAAACAAGAAAAUUCUCAAUCUCUGCUCACCCAUUCCCUGCAUGAUCCCAUUUCAAUCUCUGAAUUAUGAUGUCCACACCAAGACCCUCCUGAACUAUACUGAGAUGUGGAAGACAAGUUUGAGGGGUGCCCUGUGCAAUUCCACCAGUGUCUGCAAAACCAGCUGUGGUCUCUGCUCCAAAUCCGAAUUAAAUAUGGGACAUUUGGCUCUGUCAAGCAGCAGGCUUAUCAAACCCCAAGUUAUUAACCAGACUGUGGGGGUCCCUCCAAAUGGAUCAUUAUAUUAUUUCAACUACCUGGACUCUUCUUACCAGACAAGUGAUAUUAUGAAUGGGGAUCUCAUUUCUUCAAGUCUUUUAAAUGCACAAACUCCAGCUACCCUGACAGCUCAACAGAAGAUGUUUUUACUUGAAAACACAAAAUUUAGCCUUUCCACAGAAAAAUUCCCCAAUCCUCAGUAUCCCCAUAAGGAAAGACUCCCAGGACACUUGGACCAAGUUAUGAAGGAAAAUACAGCCUUAUCAGUGGACAGAAACUCCAAAACCCACAGCAAAAUUAAUACUUCCACUGGUGCAGACGGGAAACCCAAGAUCUUCACUUGUGAAAUUUGUGGAAAGGUUUUUAACGCACAUUACAACUUAACUAGACACAUGCCGGUUCAUACGGGAGCCCGACCGUUUGUGUGCAAAGUUUGUGGCAAAGGGUUUAGACAAGCAAGUACACUUUGCAGGCACAAAAUCAUUCAUACCCAGGAAAAGCCUCAUAAAUGCAGUCAAUGUGGAAAAGCUUUUAAUAGGAGUUCCACCCUAAACACGCAUAUCAGGAUCCACGCAGGGUACAAACCUUUUGUUUGCGAGUUUUGUGGCAAAGGAUUUCAUCAAAAAGGCAAUUAUAAAAAUCACAAACUCACCCACAGUGGGGAAAAACAAUACAAAUGCACUGUCUGCAAUAAAGCAUUUCAUCAGGUCUAUAACCUAACUUUCCAUAUGCAUACUCACAAUGACAAAAAACCCUUCACGUGUGGCACUUGUGGGAAAGGAUUUUGCAGGAACUUUGAUUUGAAAAAACACGUGAGAAAAUUACACGACAGUGGGACAUCAUCCUGUUCCUUGAAGGAUAUUUCCAGAGCCGGACAGAGCUAAGGGACUGUGUUUCUUCAUCACUGUGAGACAAAAUAUAAUUCCACUCAGUGGAUGGUUUCACAAAAAAACACUUGAUCUUCAGAAAAUUAUUCUUUUUGUGACACUUAUUUUUUUUUUUUUAUUUCUUAAUGUUCCAAUUUGGUUCAGUUUCCUUUAAAAAGGGGGAAAAAAAUAAUUAACGGUCAAAACUAUUUUUUCUAAUUAAUUUACUAUACAAUAUCUUUAAAAAAAAUGUAAAUUGCUCUCCAGGAAAUAAAAUUUAUACAAUUGUGUAAAUGGAAGGAUUUAAUGUACAACUGAUUAAGAAAUUAAUUCUAUGACAAUAAACAGAAGGUUAUUCAAUUCU